GACUUUGACGACAUAUUGUGUUUUUGUACAUUUAGUGUGGUAAUAAGAAAAGUCUUAGAAAACCAAAAAGAUGAGCAACAGCAGCAGAAGAAGAAAUUUGCAAUAUUUUGUUCAUAUAAUUCUUGUUAUUCUUCGUUUUGUCGAUACAGGAUUAUGCAGUGAAGUGGAUAACAUUACCAGCAUUCAAUCUCUGAGAGAUCCUGGAAUUUUAUCGUCUCCAGGAGGCGUAUUCAAGUUAGGAUUUUUCAGUCCUCAAAACAGUAGUAAUAGGUAUGUUGGUAUUUGGUACAAUUUUUCUGUAACAACUGUCAUUUGGGUGGCUAAUCGGGACAAACCUUUAAGAGAUUCUUCUGGAGUUGUGAAGAUAUCUCGUGAUGGAAAUAUCGUUAUAACGAAUGGAGAGGAGGAGAUUCUUUGGUCAUCAAAUGUUUCAACUUCUCAGGUGAUCAUCCCAAUUGGACUUCUCCAAGAUUCUGGCAACUUUGUUCUCGUUGAUCAUCGGGACAUGAGCACAAUAUGGCAGAGUUUUGAACAUCCUUCUGAUUCGACUAUUCCUAGAAUGAGAAUAAGUGAAAACACAAGGACAGGGGAGAUGGUAGAAGCAACAUCUUGGAGAAGUCCUUCGGAUCCUAAUAUCGGGGACUUUUCUUUAAGAAUGAACUCUGGAGUCAUUCCUCAGGUGUAUAUAUGGAAAGGAAGGCGUCCCUAUUGGCGUACUGGUCAAUGGAAUGGACAGAUCUUUAUAGGAGUGCAGAAUAUGUAUUCUGUGGUGUCUGAUGGAUUUAAUGUAGUGGAUGAUCGCGAAGGUACUGUAUAUUUUACUGGACCUACUCGUGAUAAUUUUUUAAGGAUAUUAGUCUUGGAUUGGAGAGGGAACUUGGUUCAAUCAUAUUGGGAUGUGAAUGAGACAAAAUGGAAGAUAAUAUGGUCAGCUCCCAAUAACGAUUGUGAAGUUUAUGGAACGUGUGGUCCAUUUGGGAGCUGCAAUCAUUUGGAGUCACCGAUCUGUUCUUGUUUGAAAGGUUUUGAGCCAAAGCAUACGGAAGAAUGGGAAAAGGGGAAUUGGACUAGUGGUUGUGUUAGGAGGAGUGCUUUGCAAUGUGAAGUUAAGAAUAACACCAUGGAUUCAAGUAAAGAGGACGGAUUUCUAAAGAUGGAGUUAAUGAAAUUGCCUGAUUUUGCUGAAAGGUCAUCCACUACAGAAGACGUAUGUAGAAGUCGAUGCUUGGGGAAUUGUUCGUGCAUAGGGUAUGCAUUUGAUUCAAGUAUCGGCUGUAUGUCGUGGAGUAUAAUGAUUGACAUUCAGCAGUUCCAAAGCUCGGGGAAAGAUCUCUAUAUUCAUGUGGCACAUUCAGAGCUUGUGUUUUCUGCAGAUCAUCGUAAAGAGUACAUAAAGAAAAUCGUAAUUCCAGUAAUCGUUGGUUCUCUUACACUCUGUGUUUGUCUGUUCCUUUGCUAUACAAUGAUGGUCAGACGUAGAGGAGUGAAAAGAGAGGGUGUUUUACUUGGUAACAGAAGUCCAGUUAAUAUGGAAGAAUUACCAGUCUUCAGCCUCGAUACGCUUGUAAAUGCAACAUCCCAAUUCAAUGAGGAUAAUAAGCUUGGUCAGGGAGGUUUUGGUCCAGUUUACAAGGGAAAAUUGGAAGAUGGGAGAGAAAUAGCUGUCAAGAGGCUCUCAAAAGCCUCAAAACAGGGACUAGAGGAGUUCAUGAAUGAAGUGUUGGUGAUCUCGAAAGUCCAACAUAGAAACCUUGUAAGACUCUGUGGAUGUUGUGUCGAUGAAGAGGAGAAGAUGCUGAUUUACAAAUAUAUGCCAAAGAAAAGCUUAGAUGUGUUUCUCUUUGAUGAAGGACAUCGAGACAUAUUGGAUUGGACAAAACGUUCCAUUAUAAUCGAAGGAGUUGGUCGAGGACUCCUUUAUCUUCACAGAGAUUCAAGAUUGAAGAUAAUCCAUAGAGAUCUAAAGCCAAGUAACAUCUUGCUCGAUAAUAACUUCAAUCCAAAGAUUUCAGAUUUUGGCAUGGCUAGGAUUUUCGGAUCUGAUCAAGAUCAAGCAGACACAAUGAGAGUAGUUGGUACUUAUGGAUACAUGGCACCCGAAUAUGCAAUGGAAGGAAGAUUCUCAGAGAAAUCCGAUGUUUUCAGCUUUGGAGUUCUCGUCUUAGAGAUCAUAAGUGGUCGAAAAAGUACAAGUUCUUGGACUGAGACAUCCUCUUUGAGCCUUAUGGGAUAUGCAUGGAAGUUAUGGAAAGAACAAGAUUUAUCAACUUUCAUCGAUCCGUUUAUAUUGAACACGAGCUCGGAAAUGGAGAUCAGAAAAUGCAUACAGAUUGGUUUAUUGUGUGUUCAAGAAUUUGCUGAAGACAGGCCAAAUAUUUCAUCUGUUCUUGUUAUGCUUACUAGUGAAACAACAAGUCUUCCAGCACCAUCACAACCUGCUUUUACUGAAAGAAGACACUUCAGAAUGUGCAAUGAAAAUAGAGAAACUAAGUUUACUUUGAACAAAAUGAGUAUCACAAACCUUACUGGUAGAUAACAUGAGCAUAUGAGGUGUUCUUUUUGCACUUGUUUUCUGGGUAAAUUUUUAAUAGAUUAUUACAUGACUAUGUUAAUGUGACCUUCACAUACAUAUGUACUGACUGAUACUUCAACUACUGAUAUGGAUGGUUAUUGUUUGGUGCCUCUA